CUCCUCCAGUGGUGCGCAGGCCGGCUGACCAGCUUGAAAAUGCAGACAGCCUCGAGACGAUUUCCAUACCACCCAACAUUCAUUCCCCGAUUAUGGAUCCAGAGAGUCCAUAGAGGGAGCAGUCAAGAUGACAGGGAUUCUCGACAAGAUGAAAAGUUUCUGUUGGAAACCUCUCAAUACUCUCGAAUCAUCGCCACAAGCUACAGGUCCGCCCACCAAGAAACAAAAGACGGGGGCUGAAGAGGGCCGCUCAGUAACGGUUGCAAACGAAUAUUCGAACAGCCACUUCGCCUUUUCUCCGGAACCUAUCGAAGAUGCUGGGUCAGAGUACGCUGCGCGGACAGACCGUACCGGAAGUCAUGGUAGCCUGACAGGUCUCAUGCCGCAAACAGAGGGCGUUAUCGAAUUUCGAAAUGUCCAGAGAAACGGCGAACCCCGUUCUAACAGGCGUCAUCGCUCCCGCGGGGGAAGCCAAUCUCCCCGGUCAGCUCAAAGAUACGGGCGAAGUAUCGAACCCGGAAGAGACGAUAUUGACAACUCGGACCGGGACGAACUUGCGGAGAAGAGCCCAUGUGUCUCGAGCGGCCCUCUCCUUCCACGAUCCAACUCCACAAGGCGCAUGGUGGAUGCAGCUGAUUCUGCAAUCCUAGGGAGCCCUCAGAAAAGAUCAAUGGAGAUCUCGAAACCAGCUAAGCGUCCACUACGUCACGUUGAUCCCGAAGAGGACGAGUUGGCCCUUGGAACACUCACCACUUCCCGCAACCCUAGGCGGCCAGCUUCAAGGUCGACCAAUAACGGGGGCAUUCAAACAACAGAACGGAACAACUCCCAUGACCCUCCUCAAAAAGCGCAGGUUAUCGUCCGCCUAUACAGUGCCCUCUGUCAGCCAAAUCACAGAUAUAUCCAGAGAGAAACCCAGGGAUGGUGCUUUCUAGGCGAGGUCGGAAAGGUCACCAAGGGCGUCAAACAGUUACAGCUGUGCGCAUGUUCGGCAGAAGGGGAUUUGUUGCCUGGGUCGGACUGGCUCGCAAUCACCCAACGACUUAACACAAUCCAUCACAAUCCGGACUCUCCAUAUGUAAAAAUGACCCAGUCAUCGACACCCAAAAUUGGGAGACAAAUGGUGCUUCAGUUUUUUAACCCAAGGGAGGCCCAGAAGUUUGUGCAGUGGGUGACGCAAAACUUAAGCCCGAAGGUCUCAGAGAUGGAGAGUGCAACACUUCAUAAAACGUACGAAACUCUCAUGACCGAGCUCAAAAAGGCCACAUCCGAGAGCCCGUCACCGCUCGCAAAUUCAAGAGUCACGCGGACCACAGCAGCUCUUGAUGUGGAAGGAUCCAGGAAUAUGGCAUCGAAACCGGUUGGCCCCGCAGCACAGGCAAUCGCAGAGUCUCCUACAGCAUUAACACGCCGCCGACCCCGUCUUGUGGAUCAACUGCUGGCUUCACAGCAAGUCCCUAACGGCCAGUUUGAACAGCGGUCUUUUGAAGUUACAUCUCCGUUGCAGCGGCCAUCAAGAAUCCAAAACGAUGACACAGUCAUGAUAGACGCUCCACCGGUCUCGUCUGCCCCGGUGAGUCGGUGGACAGAAGACCAUCCUGAGUGGUCCAAGGAUUGGCGGAUGCCCUUGGUAUUCCAUCGGACAACGGUAGACAAAGAUGACAUCCCACGGCUGGAUGAAGGCCAGUGUUUGAAUGACAACCUUCUAGGGUUCGGUCUACGCUAUUUGUUCGAAGAAUACCCGGAGCGGCAUAGCGAGCUGAAGAAGAGGGUGUAUGUGCACAACACCUUUUUCUACGAGAAGCUCAAGCCUGCCAAGUCCAAGGAUAUCAACUACGAUGGUGUCAAAGGAUGGACAUCGAAGGUGGACCUGCUUUCUUACGACUACAUUAUUGUCCCGGUCAAUGAGUACUAUCACUGGUGGGUGGCUAUCAUUUGUAACCCCGGCAGAUUGGAUCCAAACCACCCGCGGCGCUCUACAGACCCUACCAGUAGUGGUAGGGAGACCAGCAAUAGUAACCCCACCGAGGGAAAAUCGGAUGUUGGAAUCGAGAAGUCAGACGAUGUUGAAAUGAUAGACAUCGAUAAUGUGCAGUCUAGAGACCAGGGGCAGGAGAUCAGAACUAAAGAAACUCGCGAGUCAGCUGACCCAGUCGAAACCGACAGCAACAAGGCGAACAGGGCAGGGAAAACUGUGGUGGACUUGGUAGCCGACGACACAGACAACGACCUCAGGGAAAAGCUUAACGGAAUAACCAAGCCGCCCAAAAAGGACCCCUCGGAAGAGACGAAGAUCCUUACCCUUGACUCCAUGGGUAACAGCCAUUACCCAGCAGUGGGAGCACUCAAAAAGUACCUUUUGGCAGAGUUCGAGGACAAGAGGCAAACGAAGAUUAAGGAUCUUCCGAAGCAGAUCGGAAUGAAGGCGGGCAACAUCCCAGAGCAGGACAACUUCUCUGAUUGUGGUAUAUAUCUGCUUGCGUAUAUCCAACAGUUCGUCAAAGACCCAGACCGGUUCGCCCACUGCCUGAUGCAGAGAGAAAAACCUGGCUGGGAGUUUGACCCUUCCGAACUACGGGAGUAUUGGCGCAACACCAUCUUUGAGAAGCAAAAGGAACAUCAGGCAAAGCAUGAUGAGGAGAAGAAGAGAAAGAAGGAAGAAGCUGCUAGACGCAAGGCUGCUAGCUCAACUCCCUCCGACACAGUGAUGAGUGCUACAGAGAGCCAGACUCCGGGACGCAAUGGUUUGUCCCAUGAUUCUGCAGCCGACAACGUUUCUUCCGCACCUCAAUUUGCUAAACCGCCAGUCGUUUCUCGGAACGUACCUGCUCCUGCCCCAAAGCCAACAACUGCCCUCAAGUCACCAUCAUCGUACGGGGCCUCUCCAACGACCGGGACAGUUAUCAACCCUGCUGCUGUGGCUGCCGGGAGAGGUGUUUCUAGGGGCAAUAUGUCAGAUUCGCUCACACCCAUUCCACGACCGUCUACUCGGCCUCAGAAAACGGCUGACAACGUUGUUGUUGACCUGGAACGGGACGAAUCUGAACCCGAGGACGAGGUCCCUCACCUUUUGCCAGACAGUUCUUUGCCUGGCGAGAUCCAUCGGUCUAGAAGCAAGGACCACGAGCACUCUCCCAGACAGCGUGUCUCUUCGCGGACACCUAGGCAGAGCCCCGAGGUCAAAUUUAUACCUAGGCUGCCCGACUCUUCUCCGGCGUCUGAUAGGCGGACUUCGGGCAUUGCUCAGGAGAUAAGCCCCCAAACGUUCUACUCCAACGUCCCGCAGAGGCCACAGUCGCCGAAGCUACAGUCGCUGAAGCCACAGUCGCCGAGGCCGCAAUCACCCUUGGUAGAACGACGGAAGCGGAAGCCGUCACCAGCGCGCAAGGCAAAGGCAUCAUCACCCGCACGUAAGACGGCGCCUUCACCUGAGCCUAAAGUGCAUCCCCCCGUGUCGAUCGAGAUUUUCGAUCCACCUACCCCUGAAGUCCAAAAACCGGCGACGACUACCAGCAAAGCCAAAACCGAGAAGAGGGACAGCCACAAAGUUGCCAGCAAGGAGGACAACAAUCACGUCAACAACAUUAACAAGACCACCUACGGCAAAAGCGACAAACAUACCCGUCAGAAGUCCAAGAUACCUAGGAGAAUCGUGGACACCACAGGUGGAAGCGGAAGUGGGAGUGGGAAAAGUCGCCGUGUAGAACAACAGCAACAACAACAGCAACAACCUCCCACGAAGUCUAAGCAUAAGGCAGUCGAGACCAAGGCCGAGGAAAUCCGCUCACCCUCUCCGGCGCGCGUCGUGUCUGACAUUGUCGUGUCUGACAUUGUCGUGUCUGACAUUGUCGUGUCUGACAUUGUCGUGUCUGACAUUCCUGCGGUGCAAAGCGCGGAGAUGACUCCUAUUGACUUGACUGAUGAGAACUGAGAGGAGUGGGUGGAACUGGCAUGACUGGGACUGGAACAUGUUGAUGGCUGGCCUCUACCUAGACUUGUGGUCAUGUUGAGACGGGGACAAUGGAGACAGAGAGAGAGAGCGUUGGAGUUGUACACG